AUUGCUACUAAAGAGUGCAAAAAGUAGACACUGAUGGGUUUAUGUAAUGUCUUACUCUCUCACUCUCAUUCCCCACAAUUUGCAUAGAGAACUAGAACUAGAAAAACCUUUCAUAUCUACUCACAAAAACACACUUUCACAAAACUAAAUACAGAGUGAGUUCAAAGGAUAUGAGGAAUAACAAGUUUAAGCUAUCAGAUAUGAUUCCCAAUGCUUGGUUUUACAAGCUAAAAGAAAUAGGCAAAACAAAAAACCAAACAUCAACAACACCUUCCAAGAAGAAAAAACAACCUUUUUCAUUAUCCUCAACAACUUCAACACAUUCCUCAAAACCAAACCAACCCAACCAAUGUAAUAAUCCUAGAAAAUCAUACUACUUCACUAGAGAACUUAACCAAAACAACACCAAAUUUUCAACUUCACCAAAAACACCACAAACACCAUCCAAAAACAAAACAAGAAAAAAAAGAACCACAACAUUAAAAUCAAAAAAUUCUUCUUCUUCUUCUCCAAAAAAUGUUACCUCUUCUGUCUCCGCGGGUUGUAGUUGUCGAACGACACUUGAAUCAGUGUGGACAAAAUCAGAUUCUCCACACGAAAACUUUUCAUCUUCUCCACUUGAUAGCUUAACUGAAUCAGAGUCCCCGGACCCUGAAUUCAGGACCGACCGUGUUCUGAUACCAACUGAACCAUCGUUCGAUGAAAUGGUUUCGUUAACCACUUCAUCUUGUGCUUGUAACAAAAUCUCAAACAAUAACAACAAUAUAGAUAUUGUUAUUGAUGUUGAUAAAAAUUCUCUAGCUAGAAAAGAUGAUAAACUUGAAGGGUAUGAUUAUUCAUAUGAUUCUUUUUCAAAGCUUGAACUUCCUCCUAUCAUUACAAAACCAACCAUGAAAAAUGAGCACAAACCCAUCAAAGAAGAAUCUCUAAAGAUUAAAAUUAUCAAUCAAGAACAACAUAAGAAGAAGAACAAGAAGAAGAAGAAUGGUUCUGUAAAUUCUCCUGGAGUGAAACUUCGUAUAAAAUCUCCAAGAAUUGUUCAGUUUCAUCAUGUCCGGAAAAGCGUGUCAUCGACGGUAACUUCCUCCGGCUACCGGAGAAGCUUCUCCGGUAGUCUAGCAAUAGUGAAGUCAUCAUUUAAUCCUCAAAAGGAUUUUAGAGAGUCAAUGGUGGAGAUGAUUGUGGAGAAUAACAUAAGAGCAUCAAAGGAUUUGGAAGAUCUUCUUGCUUGUUAUCUUUCUUUGAAUUCAGAUGAGUAUCAUGAUCUUAUUAUCAAGGUAUUCAAGCAAAUAUGGUUUGAUUUGACUGAAACAGGGUAGGGAAAUAGUAAAAUCCUAGUUUCUAUUUUUCACAUUAAUUUUCUUUCUAUAUGUGUAUUAUUAUUAUUAUUAUUUAUCUUUGUAUGUAAAAAUAAUUAUGAUGAUAAUAAUAUAUUUUGUACCUUUAAUCAAGGUUUUGAAUUGAA